GCCGCGAAAAUUUAACCAGACACCAACGUCGAAAGAACUCAGUUUGUUUGUUGAUUUCACUUCUGACCUACCCCCAGAUUUAAUUAACUAGCUACAAUGUCUCUCGACGAGCAAUUCAACAAAGUGUCAGACAGUGUGAGGAACUGGAAAACGAAGCCGAGCGACAGUGAGAACCUUGCUCUAUACUCGCUCUUCAAGCAAGCUAUGUUCGGAGACGUCAACAUCUCUGAACCCAGCGGAAUCGUUGAAAAGGCAAAAUGGAACGCGUGGACUGGCCGCAAGGGCAUCUCUAAAGACGACGCCAAGAAACAAUACAUCGAAAUGGCUGAAAAGUUACAUUCUAAAUAUGCAUAAAUUGUUUAUUUAUAAGAUUAGUUGUUACGUAAUAAAUUAAUAUUAACUUACUCAAAUAUUCAGUUUCUCUCGGUUAUAAGUUGCGAAAAUUAUACUGUGAAGAAUGUGUUUUGGUAAAUAAAAUUCUCAAAU